AUGAGGCCUGAUAGUGUUUCUCAAAUAAUGAGACUCCUAGGGCAGACACACAUUCCUUCAUUUGAAAAUAUCAGCAAUCUCUCCAUGAACAGUGACUGCACCCAGGUUGUAGUACCAGAAGAAGUCUUUUUCACAAUUGCCAUUGCUGGAAUACUGGAGAACCUACUUGUCCUUAUAGCUGUGAUCAAGAAUAAGAAUCUCCACUUGCCCAUGUACUUGUUUAUCUGCAGUUUAUCAGUUUCGGAUAUGUUGGUCAGUCUGUACAAAACUUUGGAGAACAUCUUGAUCAUCUUAGGCAAAAUGGGGUAUCUGACACCUCGUGGAGACUUAGAGACCAAGAUAGAUGAUGUCAUGGAUUCUUUAUUUGUUCUGUCUUUGCUGGGGUCAGUUUUCAGCUUGUUAGCCAUUGCAGCUGACCGAUACAUAACUAUAUUUUUUGCAUUACAGUAUCAUAACAUCAUGACACUGAAUCGUGCUUUAAUCAUCCUGGCAGUAAUUUGGGCAUUCUGUGCGGGGAGUGGCAUUGCUAUGACCAUCUUCUCCCAUGAAACAGCUACAGUCAUUUCCUUCACUAUUCUGUUUCCUUUUAUGUUAAUUUUUAUAUUAUGCCUCUAUAUCCACAUGUUCCUGCUUGCACGAACUCAUGCCAAAAAGAUUGCUUCACUGCCUACCAGUGCAGUUCCCCAGAGAGUUAACUUGAAAGGAGCUAUUACAUUAACUAUUUUAUUUGGUGUUUUCCUUUGCUGUUGGGGACCCUUUCUUCUUCACAUCCUCCUCAUGAAGUUUUGCCCACUUAACCCUUACUGUGCUUGUUACAUGUCCAUUUUCCAUGUGAAUGCUACACUCAUCUUGUGCAAUGGCAUCAUUGACCCUAUGAUUUAUGCGUUCCGAAGUCCAGAAUUACGGAGUACAUUGAAGAAGAUGUUCUGUUGCACCAGGUCAGACUGGAAUUAGUGAAUACCAAAUUUGAAAAAUGUUUGUAAAAUUAAGCCUACAGUGCCGUGCAUAAUACUGGUAAGAAUGAUGUUCAGAAUUAUAGACACUAACUAAGACCAGAAUUCUACAAAAAGGGUAUGCAUAUUCUUAACUUAAUACACUUUGGGUAGUCCCAUUGACCUCAGUAGAACUAUGAAUUCAGCCUGCAGCAGGUGCAGAAGGGCUGAUCAUGGGAAUGGAGAGCCUGUGUUCCAUCUUAAAAGUAAUUAAAAUCUUAACCAACUGCUUAACUGAGAAAAUGUACUAGGCUGAAUUCAACCCUGCAGUGACUCCUUUACAGUACAUAGAGAUGCACCACAGAGUUUAGGCCACUGAAUAUUGUAUCAGUGCUUUCAA